AUGAGAGAUGUUGCAGCUCAUCAAAAUGCACCUGUCGGUAGACCUCCUAGUUUAGUGAAACUGCCACCAGGGACACAACUAACCGUGGGUAAACACCAAGUGACGAUUGUGAAAUACUUGAGCGAAGGUGGCUUUGCACACAUUUAUGUUGUGAAAACUAACCCAAUGGAAAGAGGUACAGAUGUUGCAUGCUUGAAACGUGUGAUUGUGCCGAAUAAGGAAGGCUUGAACCAGUUGAGAGCCGAAGUUGAGGUGAUGCAAAGGUUGGCAAAAGCAGAUAACAUUGUUAGAUACUAUGAUUCUAAUGCAAGCCGCCUCCCAAAUGCUCCUGGAUGUUAUGAGGUAUUGGUUUUAAUGGAACUAUGUCCUAACAAAUCUCUAUUGGAUUUUAUGAACAGUCGUUUGAGAACAAAAUUGUCUGCGAGUGAGAUCCUGAAAAUCAUGUUGGAUAUCAGUAAAGCGGUCUACAACAUGCAUCGGAUGAAACUGAUCCACAGGGAUAUAAAGAUUGAAAAUGUCUUGCUUGAUGAAAACUUCAACUUCAAGCUGGCGGAUUUUGGAUCAACUUGUCCGAUUCUAAGGGUUCCUAGAAAUCAUCAAGAGUUUCAAAUUCUUCAUAACGAUAUCUUACUGCAGACCACUCCUCAAUACAGAUGCCCAGAGAUGAUCGAUCUUUAUAGGGGGCUACCUGUCGACGAAAAGUCAGAUAUCUGGGCUUUAGGUGUUUUUCUUUACAAACUAUGCUACUACACCACACCAUUUGAAGUUGCUGGUGAAUUGAGUAUCCUGCAUGCCGCGUAUAGUUUCCCGGCUCAACCUCAUUUUCCAUCUGGUAUUAGAAACCUUAUAAACAUCAUGUUGCAGGAAAAUCCAGUUUUCAGGCCAAACAUCUAUCAAGUUUUAAUGGAAGUUUGCAAACUAUCGGGAUUU